AUGCCACGGCAAACUUCAACCACCGUUUCCGGCGGCAAAGACGAUCAACCCGACGAAAUGUAUCCAGCAGAUUGCUGCGUUUGGUACUUGGUUAGCAUUUUAUUAUGCUGGCUUGUUCCUCUCUUCUCUCGUAUCGAGGGAAUAAAUGAUUGUUACGUGGAGCUCUUUGCUCACUCCGUCUCCGUCACAAACGCCACGAACGGAAACGUUUCAACAGCUGAUUGGAGAGUCGUUUUGAUUCCGAAGAGUCCAGUAACCGGAUGCAACAUCUCUCUCGAUGCAGUCACAUGGCGUCUCCUUCGUGGCGACAAGGUUAUCUCCGAGGCAUCUCCGUCGUUGGAUGAUUUCGGGAAACCAUUUACGUCCAACAAAACGGAUUGGCCGGCUACAACUGUCGAUUUCAAAAAGGUGGUGACGCCGGGAGUUAUCGGCAGCGUGAUUUGGGACUAUGGGGUGGAGAUUGCCGCCCGAUUGAAGGCAUAUAAUGCACAUGGUUUCUUGAUGGUGUCUUGCGGCGAUAUUCCGGUCAAAUUCACGGCGGACGCGCGGGGGAAUGUGAUUGGCUCAUUGUUCGGAAAUAUGCGACGAUGUGAUUAUGUAUUCCGGAAAUAA